GAGAAGCCGCCCACAGCAGAGGAAGUGGAAGAGUUUCUCCGGCACAACAAAGUGGAUGAACGUGCUGCGCAAGAUUUGCGAGAAUGCCCCCCAGAGGUGCAGAAGCGCGUCCUUACCAGGGGCGACCUUAACUCUGCUCGGAACCCGUCAGCAGCUGUGCUGGUCCGCAUCCGUGAUGCGCGAGUGGAAGACAAGCCGCAGCGUGGCCGAACGGCGUCGCGGCCCAUGGGCUUGCCAAGCAGCUCAGAGGUAAAUGGCUACAUCAAGGCAAACGGUGUAAACGAAGUAGCCGCACAAGCGCUCCGGAGCUGUUCGCCCACCGUGAAGCGGACUGUCCUGAGCAGCGGCGAUGUGAUAGGUGCUUUCGAUCCUUCAGCUGCCCUCCUGGCAAAAAUAAAGGAUGUCAGGGCCGGUGGAACUGGAAGCAUCAACCUUGCCUCUAUGGGGAUGAUGCCAUCCAUGCCCAGUGCGACUGACAUCGAUGCUUUUGUUGAAUACAACGAUCUAGAUGAGAGCGCAGAAGCACAACUCCGGGCCUGUCCGCCCUACGUCAUUGCCCUGGUACUUGGCAAGGGGGACCUUCGGGGCACUCGAAAUCCCUCCUCUGUGGUGCUCUCCCGGAUCCGUGAGGCGAAGGUUGGGGGCGAGAAACGGGCGGUUUGA